AUGUUUGCCGACAUGAAAACCAGGUAUCGCUUUCGAAGCCCGAAGCGCACUCGUUCAUACCAACGUCUCUGUGGACACGAAAUUCCAUUUAUGCGGAAGUAUCAUCUUGCUCUGCUGUAUCUACAAUAUGUCUCAGUGCCCUUCAUCCAUAACAAGGCGGUCAAGGGUUUGGUUUCUCAUUUAAUCAACCCCUCUACAUUCCUUAUUUUCGGCGUAAUUGAGAGCGAACAGAUGGGGUGGCAGGCGGUUGAUUGGAUGAGCCCAUUCCUGGGCGAGCGGGGUUUCGUCGGCUCUCGGGCUGUCUCAUACGGGCUUCGAUGGAGCCACGAUGCAGAAAGGAUGAACUUUCUUACCCAUCCGGCCAAUGAGACUGAAAUUCUUGCGAGCGGAACAAUCUCUGGCCUGUAUACCUCGCACUCGUCGCAUGUUGGCCAGCUUUUGUUCGACCAGGAUCUGAUUUCUGCCGUCGAGAAGACUUCACCGUACACUACCAACACACAAGACCUGACCACUAACGCCAACGACUCGAUCCUUGCCGAGGAAGCCGAUGCCAUUCAGCCAUUAUGGAGCCUCGCGGCCAUGGACCUAGGUGUGAAAGACGAUGGAUAUUAG